AUGGACAAUGAAAAGAAACAAUCGACUUUCUUUGGAGUGAAGAAAGAAUGCAGCUCUGAUGAACCACUGAAAUCGAAUGGUCGGAUGGCGUCUUUGACUCCGAACAACAUUCAAUCGGCUGAUGUAUUCGAGAUCAAACGGGAAAGCGACAUCAAACAGGAGCCAGUGUCUGUUGGUGGAUUGGUUGACGUUUCGGUAUCGACUCAUUGCAGUGCGGUACAUGUUCCUGGUUUCAAUGAACGUGACGCUGGAUACGAUUUUGAUCACUUGAGCUGUGACGAGGCUAAGGCCGAGGUGAAGAACGAGUGUGACAAAAAGAAAGAAGAGAAGGCGAAGACAAGUGCUGACAACGGGGAGGAAGCGAUGGAUGACCAAAAGGACCAGUCACCUUCACAGAACGAAGAAGAUUUGUACACGGUAGCAAAUGGAACUGAGGCAGACAAUACACAGCAACGAGGCGGUAGUGCUUCUGGAAGUACAUCAAAGCCACACAAGUGUGAGUUUUGCGAAUAUUCCGCUCAAUAUAAGUGCCUUUUGAAUCAGCACUUGUUGAAACACACCGGCGAGAAGCCACACGGAUGCACCUUUUACUCGAAACGUUUCGCAAACAAACGAAGUCUUCGUGCUUAUAUGAAAGUGCACGUCGAAGAGCGAGCUACUGAAGCAGGAUUGAACCCAAGCCAUCGUUCUAAAUCACCAUUCGAAUCGACUGGAUCAGAAUUAGAAGUGGUCGAAGCUGACAAUCAGUUGGAAAAUCCAAUUGAGGUUAAAGAGGAGCCUCGCAUCAAGGAAGAACCACAAUCAGUCGGUGAAUUGGUCGAUGUUCCAGUUCCUGUUCCGACAAGGAAUAACCGUGUCGUUGUACCUUUAUCUGGUUUCGACCAAUCGAACGGCAAAUAUGACUUUGACAGUCUUGAUUGGGACGAUGCCAAAAUCGAGGUGAAAGAAGAAACCGAAGUAAAGAAGAAAAAGGAAUCGAAGACGAACGAUGAAUUAGGCGGUGAUGCGAUGGCAAAUCAACGUGAUCUUCAGCGGCCAUCACGACCAGAUGAAAACGUUUCCACGCAGCCAGGAAGUGGCCACGGUGCGAAGAACAAGAAAUCGUGUGACAAAGUUAGUGUUCCCAAAACUGUAUUGAAGAAGCAGAAAUGCAACGUUUGUGAAUAUUCGACCGAUAAUAAAGGUCAUUUGAAUCAGCCCUUGUUGAAACACACUGGUGAGAAGCCACACGGAUGUACCCUUUGCCCGAAACGUUUCACAACCAAACAAAAUCUUCGUAGUCACAUGAAAGCUCACGUCGAAGAGUUUCUGUUCCAUUGCUCGGAUUGCUUGCAAGGAUUCGAUGGAAAGGAGGAGAAGACGGAACACGAAUCGAACUGCAAAAUUCGUCGCUACGAAUGUCAUUUGUGCAAGGAAUCGUUUGGUUCACUUAAGGCAAAUAUGGUGAAUCACAUGCGCGUACACAGUGGUGACAAACCGUUCGAAUGUGAAGAAUGUUCGAAGAA